AUGGUCAGUAGGCGGCGUGCUGGCUUUGUUAUUGCUCGAGGACCUGGUACCCGACAGCGACGGUCAGCCUCUCCAGGUACUCUUGCGAGCUCGAUUCGUAUGGUAGAGCGCAUCUCUAAUAGAAGAAACCAAGCCCCGCCACCCCCGCCAACAAGCAUAGCAGCUCCUGCUCCCCAAGACGAAUGGGCUGAUGAAAAUCUCAAUAUCUACGAAGCUGGGGAACAAGAAAAUCAUGCCGACCAAACCAUGCGCCCCGCUCAACCUUCUAGUUAUGUUUCUGAUUAUGCUCGGCGUCGCGAUCAGUUAGUGACAGCAUGGAAGCAGCUCGAGAACUCCAUGACCGCGGCGUAUUUCACAUGUCAACAUCACACCCGAAACUGGACCACCUCUCAAAUGUACCUCCUCCCCCUAACCAAAUGUACAUGCGCCCCACAGCUGGUAACUACCCGAGAGCUUGAUUUGAUUCACACGCAUGACCGAUUGUCGGGUCAAAGCUUUACCUUUUGCAAAUGCAUCCCAGACCCGAUACGCCUGCUCCACUACGGUUACAUUGCAGCCUCGCCUACAACACCCCGUACAGCUUUUGCGAUCCCAACGCUCCAGCUCUACCAAAGCCUCUGGUAUGAAUCUAGUCUGCCGUACACUUCGUUCAUUGUUGGAUUAUCGUUCCAUCAAGACAAGCGCUCUCAGCAGAAAUUGAAAGCUCGUGGCCGCCGGGGGACCUCUCGCCAACUACGACUCCCUUUUUCACAAGCCCUUGACAUUUAUAACCGAAUUCAGAUCCUUCGAACCGAAAUACUCGGCAAGACGUUAGGUCUUACAACCCAGGACAGAUGGGCAGCAACGUGUCCAUCAUGCUUUGGACCAGAGGCUGCUGACGAGAAAGGCUCGAAUGAUGAGGUCUACGCCAUCAUAGCGAUGGACGGGAACUUCCAGCACCGGCAUCAUAGAUUGAUGGUCACCAACAGAAUGAAGAAACAACUGCCAACAAUGCACAAGGAUUGGAGGUAUGUUCUUGUCACCUCCUGGAUUUUCAGAAGCUACUGA